CUUAUUGUUCUAGCAUCCCGACAAAACAAAAUUCCAUUCACCGGACAAUGUAGAAAUUUCACGGAAACUUUUCUUCUUUUGCUUGGUCUCAAAAGUCAGUCAACGGUGGACCCGUAGUAGACUCACUCACCACAGCACCACCCAUGGUUCUGCAUCAAUUAUACGCUCAUCAUCUCUUAUUUUCGUUUUCGUCAUUAUACACUCUUCUUCUCCUAUCUUCAUCUCCCUCAUUCUCAAUCCUUAAAAAAUUCUCAUAUAUCAGUUCCAAUGAUCAGUCACGCUCUGUUAGUCAUCUGUAUUCUCGUUUCCGCUGCCGUCCUAGGACUAGGAGAUGCAACAGCAGCAUAUAAGCCUACCGAUCUCUUUCUCAUCAACUGUGGCACUAGCUCUGACACCAUAGACUCUCAAAGCCAAACAUGGACGUCGGAUCAGCAGCAUCUUCUCACGUCAAAGUUAAAAAAUCUUUCGUUCUCUUCAGAUGCAUCGUACCAAGAAGAGGUUCCUCAAGUGCCCUACACGACGGCUCGCAUAUUCCUAUCCAACGUCAACUACAGUUUUCCAGUCUCUCCCGGCUGGAAAUAUCUCCGGUUGUACUUUUACCCGACCCGGUACGAAUCUGGUUUUGACACCGCAAGUUCCUUCUUCUCCGUCACAGUUAACGGGUUCACUCUCUUGAAGAACUUCAGCGCCGACUUAACGGUAAAAGCUUCCAAGUCGAAAUCCUUAGUCAAAGAGUUUAUCGUUCCGGUUAACCAGACUCUGAAUCUCACGUUCAUGCCGUCUCCGAGUUCGUUAGCUUUUGUUAACGGCAUCGAGAUUGUCUCCAUGCCUGAUGGGUUUUACUCAAAGGGAGGCUUUGACAAUAUGAUAACGAACGUUGGUAGUACCAUUGACUUCAAUAUCAAAAACACGACUGCUUUCGAGACUGUUCAUCGGAUAAACGUUGGCGGGCAAAUGGUGGAUGAGGUCGGUGACACUGGAAUGUUCCGGCGGUGGCUUCCGGAUGAUGAUGUCAUACUAAGUGAGAAUUCAGGAAUCAUACCGGUUGUACCGGGUGUGAAGAUAAACUACACAGAGAAGACUCCCCCUUAUGUUGCGCCUGAAGAUGUGUACAAGACGUAUCGUACGAUGGGGAACGUGGACAACCCUGAAAUCAACCUGAAUUUCAACAUGACGUGGCUCUUUACAGUUGAUGCUGGGUUUCUAUACCUAGUUAGGCUUCAUUUCUGUGAGACUCUAGCUGAAGUGAACGGACCUGGCCAGCGUAUCUUCACCAUCUUCCUCGGGAAUCAGAUUGCAAAGCAGGAAAUGGAUGUGAUUGACAUGAGCGGUGGUUCUCGGAUUCCGAUGUAUCUAGAUUUCAAUGUAUUGGUUGGUUUUGAAAAUGGUCCAAGACCUGAUCUACGACUUGGCUUGCAUCCUUACGCGGAUAUUUUUCCAAAGUAUUACGAUGCUAUUCUGAAUGGUGUAGAGAUUCUGAAGCUGAAUAGUUCCGAGGGUAGUCUCGCUGGACCUAAUCCAAAUCCUCUAGUAUCAUCCGACCAAACACCAAAUCAUGUAAAGCCUUCGGCAAGAAAAGGUAAUAAUUCACAUGUUUUGGUGAUAACUCUGGCAGUGGUUGGUUCUUCAGUUGUCCUAGCGACGUUUGUUUCUGUCAUUGCGUUGUUGCGUAAGAAGAAGAAAACGAAAGACGUUCCUUUACAUACAACAAGCAAGCCUACGGACUCGUGUUCUCCUCUUACCACAUAUCUCUGCCGUCGAUUCUCCAUCUUCGAAAUCAAAUACGCCACAAAUGAUUUCGACGAGAAGCUAAUCGUUGGAACAGGCGGGUUUGGUUCGGUGUACAAAGGACGAAUAGACGGUGGAACCACACUAGUGGCGGUUAAACGGUUGGGAAUUGCAUCGAAACAAGGCGCUAAAGAGUUCAAAACAGAGCUCGAGAUGCUCUCAAAGCUACGUCAUGUACACCUCGUUUCUCUAAUAGGAUAUUGCGACGACGAGAACGAGAUGGUGCUUGUCUAUGAGUAUAUGCCACGUGGUACUCUUAAAGACCAUCUUUACAAAAGGAAUAAGGCUAGUGAUCCUCCUUUGUCGUGGGAACGGAGGUUAGAGAUCUGCAUCGGAGCGGCGCGUGGGCUACAAUAUCUCCACACAGGCGCCAAGCAUGCGAUCAUACAUCGAGACAUCAAAACAACCAACAUACUUCUUGAUGAGAACUACGUAGCUAAAGUCUCUGACUUUGGGCUAUCAAAAGUGGGUCCAACUAGUGAAUCUCAAUCCCACGUCUCAACGGUCGUUAAAGGAACGUUUGGUUACUUGGAUCCUGAGUACUAUCGCCGUCAAGUCUUGACGGUAAAAUCGGAUGUGUACUCUUUUGGAGUUGUUAUGUUCGAAGUUUUGUGUUGCAGACUGAUCAAUAUCGAGAUUGUUCCACAAGAACAAUCAGAUUUGAUCAGAUGGGUGAAGUCAAAUUAUAUAGGAGGAACUCUUGAUCAGAUCAUUGACCCAGAUCUAGCUGUCGAUAUCACUAUGAUAUCAUUAGAGAAGUUCUGUGAAAUUGCUGUGAGAUGUGUUCAAGAUCGUGGUACUGAAAGGCCACCAAUGAACGAUGUCGUUUGGGGACUUGAGUUUACACUUCAACUUCACGAGACAGCUAAGAAAAACAAUGAGGGAGGGACGAUGACAGACGCAGAAGCUUUGUUAAGUAAGACUGAUGAUAACUGUGUCUGUGAUCCUGUUGUUGGUGAAGAACCGAAAGCACUGUAGAUUAGUUCGUCCUACACAAUCUCACUUAUGCUGCAUGUACCUACCUACGUAUUUGCUGAAUGAAAAUCAUUACUGUGUUUUUAUCGAAUGA